AUGGACCCACUUACUUCAAAUGAUCCAUAUUCUUGUGUAAAACCAGAUGAUGCUAAAGUAGUUCAUACCGAUUUAGAUUUAAUCAUCGAUUUUGAUGAAACAGUUAUUCACGGAAAGGCAGUUUUGUUCAUAGAAUCCAAAGCUGAUUGUGACAGAAUACUUUUAGAUACCUACGGAUUCCAGGAAGAAAAGAUAAUUGUCAAGGACGAUGUUACUGGUAAUGCUUUAGUAUAUAAAAUUAAUAAAUGUAUUGAUAAUAUUGGAAGUGAGGAAUUUUCUAUUAUGUUACCGUGGACAUUAAGUAAUGAUAAAAAGGUACAUGAAUAUAAGUAUGGCGUUGAUAAGAUUAAUUUUCUGUAUAAUUAUAGAAUUCUGAUUGAGUAUGAAACGCGUAAAGAUUCCCUUGCACUGUAUUGGCUAAGAAGGGAUCAAACUUCUAGUGGCACACAUCCCUUCCUAUUAACUAACAAUCAAUUUACAUAUGCUAGAGGCGUAUUUCCUUGCCAAGAUUCACCGCAGGUCAGAUUUACAUACACUGCUAAGAUUUCUGUACCUAAAGCAAUCAGAGUUAUAGUGGGUGGACGUCAAUGUAAAAGUAUAAAUAAGAUAGACCCAGACCGUCACACUCACAUAUUUUAUGAAACGAAUCCAAUGCCAUCAUAUGCAAUAAUCAUUGUGGCGGGUUUACUAAGGUUACGAAAUCUUUAUCGUUCAAAGAUCAUCACUUUGUGCGCUGAGCAGAAACAUUUUUUUCAAAUUCAAAAAGUAUUGACAUUUUGUAAACAUGCCAUCAACAUUGCUAAUGAGCUAUGUGGUUUUCCUAUUCAAG